AAUAUACCAAACGUAAGUUUCUUAAAAAUAAAUAAAUAAAAUAAAAAAGCCCCGUGUGCGUCCAUAUGUAGGCAGUUCACUUCAGUCGUCGGUAAUUGGCCUAAUCAAGCGAGAAGCUGAUACCUGCGCAUGCGAAGAUGAUUCUUCUGAGGAUAUUCUUGGCGAUAUCCUUUAUAACUUUACUUCUGUUUAUUUUUGUAACAUUUUACAAUGGAAAUUACACUACAAAGGCACUCUCGCGACAAUAUGAUUCCAUGUGUAUGGAGGAAGACAGUGUCGCAGGUUCUUUGCAGAGAGUUGAGGAGCCUGACCCGGCCAACAGUUCACCUGUGACUAACACUACGAUGAGCCCUGACCGUCUUGGGACUCAGUUAACCCCUGUGGCCCCUAUGGACAAGCACAACUUUACUGCUCUGCCCCAUUGGACAUUUGAUGAUAUAUAUCGGUUGGAUCCACAGUUUAAACGGAGUGAAUGCAUGGUGUCCUUGCGAAAUUCCUCUAAUCCUGUGUAUAAAGAGAAGUUUAUUCCAAACAUUCAGCUGUUUUUACAAAGUGAUCAUGUCAACAUGAGUGAGUGGAACCGGCUUUAUCACUUCAACAAUCCCUUUGGCUUUAUGGGAUUUAAUUAUACAGCCAUAAAAGCAGCUGUUGACACCAUCCCUAAACUUGCAUCUACCCAGUUACUAAAACUACCCAAAAGAGCGAAGGAUGGCUGUAUUCGCUGUGCUGUUGUUGGGGCUUCCGGCAUUCUCAAUGGCUCCAAGCUAGGAAAGGAGAUUGACUCUUCUGAUUAUGUUUUCAGGGUGAAUGCAGCCAUUAUAGCAGGACACGAGGAGGAUGUUGGGACAAGGACGUCCGUUUAUGUGCACACAGCACAUUCCUUAAUCCAGUCCCUCAUGAUACUCAAAAAGAGAGGUUUCAAACAGAUUCCUACUGACAAGGACAUUAAAUAUGUUCUAAUCCCUGAGGGUCCAAGAGACUACAACUUUCUUGAGUCCCUUAUGAAGAACAGAAAAAUACCAUCAGGAGCAUAUUGUGGACGAACGCCAAGGAAUUAUUACAGUGGGCGUUUUAAUGAAAGUUCUUACUACAUCCUCCAUCCAGACUUUCUCAGAUAUGUGCGUAACAGGUUUCUUAGGGGAAAACAAUUAAAAACAAAAAGAUGGGGGAUCUACAGACCCACUAAUGGAGCAUUUACUCUUCUGCUGGCUAUGCACACAUGUGACAUUGUGAGAGUGUAUGGUUUUAGCACCGCUGACCAUUGGAAAUAUACAAACUACUACUAUGACCAAAAACACACUAAACUAGUGUUUAUAGCUAAUCAUGAUUAUCAUUUGGAGAUGAAAACCUGGAAGGAAUUUCACGAUGACAAAUUUAUCUGGAUGUAUUUUGGAAAUCUGAAAUCUAAAUAAAUCUGUUUUUUACAGGAAA